CCUGAUUCAGCGUGUGUGUGUUUGCACUGACAUGAAUGACUGGAGGUAGGUAGACUGUGUGUGUACUAACCGGUCAUGUAUGGCAGGAGGUAGGUAGAUCUGAGCACUGAGCUUGCACUGUGCCUUGCUGGGACUACAGUGCUGCUUGCGCUCACGUCUUUCCUGGAUUAUAUGUUAUGACCGUGCUGCUCGGUGUGCUCUCAUUACACCAUACAUGUCACAUGUAAAGAGCACACUAUAGCUGGUGGCUGUACAAAGUGUGUAAAAUGGCUGGGCCUGGGCUGCAUCCACUGUGGGCUGGAGUUCUGCUUGGUCUGCUGUGUGUUGCCCUAUCAUUGCUUUCUGUGUGAGUAUUCUGUUUGCCAUUCCAGCUAGUAGGAGUUUCUUCAAAAUUCUCCUUGUUCCUAGUUCUGUGUUUGACCAUGCAACUUCUAUCAACCAUUCCUAUUAACGAUAAAUCAUAGAAUAUGUAUCUACACACAUACUUUGGGCAUGUGAAAUGGACUGAAAGAUAAACAGAAGUCUUCAUGGAUAUAGUUGACACAUUCAACCAUUUAAUUCCUACCGAACACUUAGAUGAUGCACUUUUUCUAGGUUCUAACCUAGAAAGUGAAGGUUGUGACGAUUUUGCCACAAGCCAAAAUGUCAUAGAGGAUUCAUUGAAGAACAUGCUUAGUGACAAGGAUCCAAUGCUAGGAUCUGCAAGCACCCAAUUCUGUUUACCGGUUUUGGAUAGCACAGACCCUAAUUUCCAGAUAUCCUCUUCUACAGGUGUUGGUCUUGAUGAUAUAAUGGAUGUGGCAGUUGUCAAAGAUGCUGUUAGUGAUCCCAAUGAUGAAGAUGACCUUAUUCCUUCUAACGAAAAUGUUAACAGACUGGAAGAUCCUUCCUUGAAUUUACGGAAAUCUUCACGGUUGAUGGAGCAGGAACCUGCAAGAAGUCUUAGACAGAGUACUGUUGAAAAACAUUUAAACAGUGUACAGACAAGUCCCAAAAAAUCUAGGUCUUCCAGAAAGGAUAUUUCUGUGGAACAGGUAAAAGACAAAGAUGAUAUUUUGCUCCCUGAGGAAAAAAGGCACAGGAGAACCAGUCAGUUGGAGCAACUAAGCACUUCCCCUACAAAUUCUAGGAGGUCACCAAGAAUAGCAAACAGAGAAUUAAAGGAUAAAAUGAGCAAAGAGGAGAAAAUUGCUCAAAAGUCUGUUGCUGGUGAAUCUUCUGAUGGAAUCGGGAUUGAUAUUUUACCCAACACACCAUGUGUUCUGCAAGCCAAGGUUGACCAGUCUGAAACUUUGCAAGGGGACCCAGUUACUUUAUCAAAUGAAAAUAGUAUUGAAGUCCUUGGUGCAGUCACAGAGCAUGACUUAAGUAACUCACAAGAGAAUUGCACCACAGAUUUAGUACAAAAAAGUCCCACAGAAGAAAAGGUAUUUGAUCAAGAUAUGUAUACUUCUGCAGGAAAGAAAUCUGAUGUGAUCUAUGAUAAGGUACACAAAGAGCUUGCUUUGUUGUCUGGGGUUGUUGAAUGUAAUCUAAGUGUUAACACACUUGAACAAUCCACCAUUAAAAGUGAGUGUUCAUUGGGAAAUAUUGAUGCUUGCACCAAUCCAAAUGAAUCUGAAAAUGAAGCUAUGUUAAAAAGUUCUGAUCUUGCAAGUACAGGCAUUGGACAGAUGUCUAGUGCAAAUUCUAUAGUUUUAGAAAGUGAUGUUAACAGUCUCCAAGAAACACAGGCAAGUGAGUUAAAAGAUCAUGUUGUAGAGCAAGAAUCUUUGCAAAUUCAUGCUGGAUCCAGCAAACAAAAUCGCAAUAGGAAAAGCUCAAAAAGGCUCAAGUCCAAUCCAUUAAAAACUCAACAGUCUUCAACGUCUUGUACUAAUAAAAAAACAGUUGCAGCAAGAUAUGGUACCCUUAAAAAGAAGAAAACCUGUACGUUUAACCUUGUUGAGUCAGAAGUCCAAGCCAUUAUGCAUGCAAAACCACAAGGAAAACAAAGAAUUAUCAAAGUAAGGAAACAAAUAGCAGACAUUACAAAGGAUGCUACCAUAAUGUCAGGGAAUAAAAUAAUAAAAAAGAAAACCCAUUCAGGAGAAAAAGGAACUCCACAUUUACAGACACUUACUCAAACACCAUUGAAAAAACAAAUACUAGAUGAUACAUCCAAAGAUAAUCAAGGAAGUUCAAAAGAAACUUGUUCACGGAGAAGAAGCUCAUCUCAUUCUAGUGAAAAAUCAGUUACAAAGCAUCAGUCACCUGUAUAUAACAAGGUGAGCAAUGAAGGAAAAGAUAUUGGUGACCAUAAAGGAAAGGAUAUUAUUGAGCAUAAGGAGGCAAUGGAUUUUGUGGAUGAUAAAAUUAAAUUGAAAAAGUCACUUCCACCUCGACAAAGAAGAAGCAGUAAAAGUAUUUCUGUUGAUGAGCCACCAUUGUUUAUUCCUGAUAAUAUACCUAACGUAAAAAGGGAUUUGGCUGAGCUUCCUUCUCCCAGUGAGAAGCAUGCAUGGAACCCCAUCAGACAUUGCAGCUCUUGUAGAAAACUUCAUGGAAACAGGUUCAUGGUCGGUUGUGGAAGGUGUGAUGACUGGUUUCAUGGAGAAUGUGUUGGUUUAAGUCUUCCUCAAGCACAACAAAUGGAAGCUGAAGAUCGGGAAUACAUAUGUAUGAAGUGCUGUGCUGAAGAAGAAAAAAUGGAAGUUGAUGCUUCAAUAGAUGUUACUGUCAGUCACCAAAAAAUGGAUGUUCAUCAAGAUAUCCAAGUAGAGGAAUCAGAAAAAUCAAUCACAAAAUCCUUGUCAUCUGACAAUUCAAGCCAACGUCAUGAAAAACCCAAACAUGCUGAUGAUACAACAAAGCAUAAAGUAAAAAUUUCUAAAAAGGAUUCAGGCGAUGGGAAGCACCCACUGGACCGCAGGGAUUCACAAGUUAAGACUAAAUCUGUGGCACUGGACCAUAAACACUUGCAGUCUGCAACAUCAUCCCAACGAGCAUCUGAGGAAAAACGUGAAAAGCCCUCUAAAGAUCUAAAUGUUCAGUGUCCCGAAGAGAAAACCUCAAAAUCUGGUAUCCAUGAAAAGCAAGAAAUUAAGAAGAAAAAGCAAGAGAAAAAAGGGCUAUCCUCACAGAGUUCACACAGUUCAACUCCUUCUACUCCAAAGCCAUCUGUUGACCAGAUUCGACAAAGUGUUCGCCAAUCCCUAAAGGAUAUUUUCGUUAAAAGACUUUCAGAAUCUAGUUCUAAGAUUCCUGAAGAAAGAGCUACAAAAGUUUCAGUCAAGAUAGAAAAAGAGCUAUUUUCCUUUUACCGAGAUACAGAUGCAAAAUACAAGAACAAGUACCGGAGUUUAAUGUUCAACCUUAAAGAUCCUAAAAACAAUGUUUUGUUCAAACGAGUGUUGAAAGGAGAAAUCACUCCUGAUCAUCUGAUUAAAAUGAGUCCCGAAGAGUUGGCAUCCAGAGAAUUAGCAGCUUGGAGGCAGAGAGAGAACCGACAUACCAUUGAAAUGAUUGAGAAAGAACAGCGUGAAGUUGAGCGAAGGCCAAUCACCAAGAUUACUCACAAAGGGGAAAUUGAAAUUGAGAGUGAUGCUCCGCUGAAAGAACCAGAAUCCAUGGACACUGAGGAAACCAUUGUUAAACCAGUGGAAAAGGAAGAGGAGAUUCAAAAAGAAAAAGAUGUGACUCCUGAGUCAACAUCCGAUACUACAGGACAACAUAAAAACCACCUAUUUGAUUUAAAUUGUAAAAUAUGCACAGGUCGAAUGGCACCUCCCGCUGAAGAUCUUUCACCUAAGAAAGUGAAAGUUUCUAUGGAAAUGAAGCGUAAACUAUCAGAUGAAGCAGAUAAUGGUAUUGAAGCUGUUUCUUCAACCACGACUGCUAUUAAUUUAGAUGUUUUAGAAACAGAGAAACAAGAAUUACCAAAGGAAUCAUUUUCUUCAGCUACAAGCUCUGAACCCUUUCACAUUGCUGAUAUAAUUGAAGAUGAAUCCACUUUUUUGUCUCGGUUGAACUACAUAUGGAAAGGAUUCCUUAAUAUGCCUUCCGUGGCAAAGUUUGUCAUCAAGGCAUAUCCAGUAUCAGGAUCAUUAGAGCAUCUAACUGAGGAUUUACCAGAUAGCAUUCAAGUUGGGGGAAGAAUUUCACCGCAGACUGUUUGGGAUUAUGUAGACAAAAUCAAGGCAUCUGGGACAAAGGAAACAUGCCUAAUUCGAUUUAGUCCUGUUACAGAGGAAGACCAAAUAUCUUACACUUUGCUAUAUUCAUAUUUUAGCAGCAGAAAACGUUAUGGUGUGGUUGCAAAUAAUAUGCGGCAGGUGAAAGAUAUGUAUCUCAUACCAUUAGGUGCCUCAGAAAAAAUACCACAUUUCUUUGUACCUUUUGAUGGUCCUGGACUUGAAGUGCAUCGACCAAAUCUGUUAUUGGCUUUGAUAAUUCGUCAAAAAGUGAAACGACAGCAUAGUCUUAAUCUUGAUGAUGAACCACCUGGAGCAUUAAUUAAUGUUCCUUCUGAGAAAAAGAGUAGAAUUGAAAUUGCUGAGGAAGACGAUGAGGAAGAUGAUGAAAAUGAUUUUUUUAAUUCUUUUACAGCUGUUUUACAUAAAAAUAGAAAUAGAGCACCACUUUCAGAUAGUGAUGAACCUCAAACCACUAUUGAACCUGUACCAGAAAUAGCACAGCGUGAUCCACCAAAGCCUCUGCGGUUUCUUCCUGGAGUGUUAGUGGGGUGGGAAAAUCCACAAACAACUCUAGACUUGGCAAACAAACCUUUACCUGUAGAUGAUAUAUUGCAAAGUCUUUUGGGGACUACAGAAAAUAUAUUUGUACAUAAACAGUCAGUCAAAAAUGUAUUUAGUCCUAAUUCAUUAAUGGAUGAUAAAAUAAACAUGGAGGGGAAUAUAUCUAAUGCAGAAGUGGACACAUUUGUGGAAAGUAAAACACCUGAGAAUAAUGAAGAAAAUACAGCAACACCUGCUUCAGUUAGUCCAUCACCAUCUGGAGCUUUGAGACUUUCUCUUAAAGGCAAACCCCCAGAUGUCUCCACCGAGGCUUUUUUAGAAAACCUAAAUGUUCCUUCAAGUGAAGAAAGAAUUGAUAAUGUUGUGUUAGAUGACCAUGCUGAUGAAAGUGGCAGGGCAGCUGACACUUCUGUUUCUCUACUACAUGUAAAUAAAGCUAGUAUUAAGGACGAUAAAACAACCACAGAAAAUAUAUCAAAUUCGGCAAAAUCUCCAAAGCUUAUGCAUAUUAAAAGGGAUCCAAGACAAGCUGCAGUAAAAACCCAUAAAACUGGGUCAGAUAUCAAAGAGCAUGAGAGCAAUAACAAAGAAGAAAAGACGCAUAAAGAAAAAGACUCUCUUGAAAAACAAUCCCAGCAUAAAAAAGAUAAAAUAAAGAAACUUUCCUAUGAGGAAAAUGACUUGCUUGCAUGUAAGAAUGAGAAAUCUAAAGGUGAACAGCAGUUUUUGUCACCUACGCAAUUGGAAAAUACUGAAAAGUCAAAACCAAAUGAUGUUAAACCUUUCACUCAAGAUCUUUUGAUUGAUGAAACUGAUCCUCUACAGCAAUUCAGGAGAGCUCUCGCUGCAAAUAAAUCUCAGUCAUCAAAUGCAGCCGCUUCAGAAACUCAUUCCAAGAAUCCUGCCUCAGCCUUUGGUGGUAAUUUUUCAGCCAUAAGGUUGCAACAGCCUCCAUUCCUUCCACUAAAGACCAAUCCGCCUGCAUUUCCAUUUCAGCAUACUCCCAGUUUUCCAUUGCAAGGCAGUACUGUUUUUCCCUACACAACUCAAAUACCACCUUUGCUUCCUACUCCAUUAGGUAUUGGAUUUCCAAGACCACCUAGGUUUCCUACUGCAGAAACCAGCAUACACAAUCCAUUGGUAACUUGGCAUCCAGCUCUUCAGCUAUCUAGACAGCCACCACAUUAUUUGGGACAAAUUACACCAGGACCCCUUUUAGGUCCUGAACAAAUGAGAUAUCAAGGGCCUCAAAAGUUCUAUCAUAGAGACCAUAGGGGACCAGAAAGGCGUCACAGUGAUCCUUGGGACAAAGCAGACCGUAUAUUAGACAGGUCACUUACUCGGGGAAGUCGAGAACAUAGACAGCGGUUUUACAGUGAGUCACAUCACUCAAGGGAAAAGAGGCAACACGAAAAGGAAUCUGAUAAGCAUGGUGACAAGGACUGUGAAAGAAGUCGACGUAGGGAGAGAGACAAAGACAGAAGUCACGAUCGAGACCGUAAAAGCCGUGAUGAGUCGCACAGAGAUAAAGAAAGAUCCCGAUCUUCCCAUAGUGACAAGAGUUCUGAAAGCAAAUCACACAAAGAAGGAAGAAAUUUAGAUAAAUCUAAAACUGAAGAUCGAGUGCAUGAUAAAGAAAAAAACAGAAACAGAGACAGGGAAGAGGACCGAGAAAGAGAUCGGCACCAUAGGGACAAGGACCACAGUGAUAAAUCCAAAAGUAAAAGAUAAAAACAUUUUCUUGUUUCUUGGGUUGUGCCAUCUUUUUGUAAUAUGUUAAUUUUUCUGACAUUUCAACACAAAAAAGAAUUGUGAAGAAUGCUGUUCAAUCCUCACUGAAAUUAAGAUAUUUUAUAAGUGUUUUACACCACUGUAUAUUAAAGAAUACAAACGAUUAAUUUCUGAAUAUGCAAUAAGCUUAAGAUAUUUGUUCAGAAGUUUUAACUAGAAUGCAACUGUUUGAAUGUUUUAUUGUGCAUUUGAAAACCCAAUUAACGUUUAAAUUCUUAAAACCCUCUAUAUAACAUUAUUAUUUUUUAAUUGCACUGUUUUUAAAAUGCUGAGCAGCUUCCGGAUCUACAAGUUGUUGAAAAUAGAAUAUUACAUUUGUGCUGUAUAAAAACUUUUUUUACUUUUUGCUAAGUUUCAGUGGAUCUGUUAAUUCCCAUACACAUCUGCGUUGAUCAGUUUGAUUCAGUUUGGUUUCUAUAGCUUUGAAAUGCACUUGCCAUAGGGGAAUAUAUAUUUUAAUCUCAUGCUUACCUUUUUAGUAAGUUAAUUUUAGAAAUGUUGUUUUGUGCUUUAAAUACUUGAAAUCUCAGCUUGUACAUUCUUGUGUUUUUGCUAUUUUUUAUACUGUAAAAUGUAAAUAUUUUAAGGAAUAUUUUGAUUCUAAAGAUGAAAAAUUAACAUAUUUUGGUUCAUUCCUAUGUGAAAAUUGUGUUUAAACCAUGUUUAAAACUAGAGCCUGUAGUAUUUUCUUGAGCUUGAAUUAUACAUUUUGGCUAUUGUUUUACUCUCUCUCUCUCUCUCUCUCUCUCUCUCUCUCUCUCUUUUAUUUGCCAGUUGUAAUAUAUCAGAUGUGGCAUCAAAUGCAGUGAAGUCAACAUAUUAAAGUAUUUUGUCAUGGAACAA